UUAGUAGAAACCUUCACGUUUCCCACUUAUUGCUUUUUACAGUCCAUGAGUCAUUCUCACACUGUAUGUCUGCAAUAAAAUUAGAAACAAGAUGACCCAAUAGUCAAUUAAAGAAGAAAACCUACCGUUGAAUGUCAGAGUUUUUAGAGAGAGAAAGUGGGAGAAGCGAAUGGGUUGAGAGACAGAGGAAAUUCCGUUCUACGGGGUGAAGGGUUACAACUGCAGAUCAGAAUCCAGAACCCCAUUUGCAAGAUUUCAUUUUUCUGUGCGAAGUAGCCCUACUUUUUGUGAAAAAGAAAAAAGAUAAAAAAAAAUUUGAUUGUGGCCCUGAUCUACUUUCCUGGGAUUUGAAGAUCCAAAUCAGCUGCCUUUUUCUUCCGUGCUGGAGUGAUGGCCUGCAUGAUAAAUUCAGAGUCAAGGCGUUUGUAUUCUUGGUGGUGGGACAGCCAUAUUAGCCCUAAAAAUUCAAAAUGGCUUCAAGAGAAUCUUACAGAUAUGGAUACAAAAGUGAAAUCGAUGAUCAAACUGAUCGAAGAAGAUGCGGAUUCAUUUGCAAGGAGGGCAGAAAUGUACUACAAGAAGAGGCCAGAGCUGAUGAAAUUAGUUGAAGAGUUCUACCGAGCUUACCGUGCACUAGCGGAACGAUAUGAUUAUGCAACCGGUGAGCUCCGCCAUGCUCAAAGGACUUUACAGGCGGCUUUUCCCGAUCAAGUGCAUUUCAGCCUACAGGAAGAAUUAGCAUCUUCAAUCUCCACCACUCAAUCUCAAACACCCGAUGAUCAAAAUAAUGAAUCUUUUAGCUUCGAGAUCAUCGAAGCUAAGAUUUUCUCGGAAACCGAACGGGCGAAUAAAGCCGAACAUGAAAUUGAGAAGUUGAAAAAGGCGUUGACCGAUUUGACCAGUGAAAAGGAGUCUUUACUUGCUCAGUAUCGAGAAAGUUUGGAGAAAAUUUGUAAUGCGGAUGGAGAACUUAAUCGGGCACUUGAAAAAGCCAAGAUUCUUGAUGGAAUUGCGAUUGAAGCCGAAAAAGAAGUUCAUAUGUUGAAGGAGAAUCUUCAGGUUUUGCAGGGGGAAAAGGAAGCGGGAUUAGCUAAGCAAAUGGAGUAUCUUGAAACGAUAUCGGAUUUGGAGGAAAAGAUUGAAGAAACACGGGGAAUGGGUGAAAGUGAAGUUAAAGAUUUGAUGGACAAACUCACCAGAUUGGAAUCGGAAAACGAUUCCGGUCUUUUGGAGUAUGGAAAAUGUCUCGAUAGGAUUACAGAUUUGGAGAACAAGAUUGCGGUAUCGGAAUCGGAAUCCAAAACGUAUUCCGACCAAGCUACGAGAGCGGAACGGGAAGUCGAAAAACUUAAAAUCGAUCUCGCAGGGUUAACCGAAGAGAAAGAAGCUUUGCGGGUUUUAUAUGCGGAAUCCCUUGAGAAGUCAUACAAAUUAGAACAUGAUCUCUCUUCUGCUCAAUCAGAAAUUGAAACACUUACGAAAAAGCUUCAAGAUGCUGAAGAGAUUUGUGUUCGAUUAGGGAUUUCAAAUCAAAAUUUAAAGAUGGAAGCGAGCGAUUUGGCCAAAAAAAUCAUGUUAAAAGAUCGAGAGUUAUCGGAAAAACACGAUGAGUUUGAGAAACUUCAAGUCACGGCGAAAACCGAGCACACAAAUUACGUUAAAAUCGAAGCGGCUCUCGAGACUCUGCAAAUGUUAUACACUCGAUCUCAAGAAGAACAGAGAAAUCUUGAAAAUGAGCUUAAAAACAGCCUUCAUAUGCUGAAAGAUUUGAAGGAAAUUGAAAUCAUGGGGCUGAAAGAAAUGAAGGAGAGACUUGAAGAAGAGGUUGCUUUGCAAUUGGGUCAAUCCACCGCUAUGCAGGACGAGAUUCUUGGUUUAAAAGAAGAAAUCACGGGAUUAAAUUCGAGUUAUCAGGUGUUAAUGAGUCAACUCGAGUCGGUCGGGUUGAAUCCCGAGUCAAUUGGGUCAACUGUAAAACACUUGCAGGAUGAAAACUCAAGGCUAAAACAGAUCAUUGAAAAGGAUUCUGAUGAGCAAAAACGCCUCCCGGAAAAAAUCGAGGAACUUAUCCAGAAGAAUUCCAGUUUGGAAACUUCAUAUGAGCUGCUUCAUGGCGAACAAUCAGCUCUAGUUCUUGAAAAAACCAUUCUUUUGUCUCAGUUGCAUAUAAUUACUGUUAAUAUGCAAAAACUCGGGGAUCAAAACAUGAUUCUUGAGAAUGCUCUUUCCACAGCAAAUCUUGAGCUUGAAAAUCUCCGGGAAAAAUCAAAAGGAUUGGAAUCACUAUGUGAAUUGCUCAACACUGAGAAAUCCAAUCUUGUGGCAGAAAGAAGCAUUCUGGCGGCGGAAUUGGAAUCGGUGAGGCGGAGAUUAGAAGCUCUCGAGGAUCGGUUUACACAGUUCGAGAUCGAAAAGGAAACGGGUCGUUCACAAAUUCGAGAAUUGAUGAGUUGUUUAAGCAUCGAAAAGAAAGAACGGGAGAGUUUUAUGAUCAGGAAUCAGGAAUUCCAGGCUCGGCUUCUAGAAGAGAGCAAAUGCCGGAAAGACGAAUUCCAGGAGGAACUUGAUAAAGCUGUGAUAGCUCAAUUUGAAAACUUCAUCUUGCAUAAAUUCAUACAAGAAGUCGAAGAAAAGAACUAUGAGUUAUUGGUUGAGAGCGAGAAACAUGUUAAGGCAUCGAAAUUGGCUGAUAAAUUGAUUUCUGAGCUUGAGACCGAGAUUCUUGAGCAACAGGUUGAAGAAGAGCUGUUGUUAGUUGAAGUUGAAAAUCUAAGAUUUGGGAUUUAUCAGGUGUUCUUGGCUCUAGAGAUUGGUUCCAUGGGCGGGCACGAAACCGCAAAGAUAUCUGUUGAAGAGAUUAUAAAAAUUAUCAAGAAUUUGAAGCGUUCUUUGAAGAAAGAAGAAGAUGAUAAGCACCGGUUACUCAUGGAGAAAAAUGUCAUUUUAACCCUUCUCAAACAACUGGAAUCAGAGUUCCGGGAAUCAGAGAAAAAGUACGGAAUCGUGAAGAAUGAGCUUGAAAAUGAAAAUUUUCUUAUGCAAUGUACGAUUGAGGAGUUGGAAUCGAAGCUCCAGAUGACCGAGGAGAUGAAGUCGGAAUUGGAAUUUGCGGUGGAGGGGAUGACGAGAAAGUAUGCGGAAUCGGAAUUGAAGCUUGAUGCGUUCGAGAAAGAAACGGAAUAUCUCCGUGAAGUGAAUGAGAAUCUUGGAUUAGAAUUGGAUAUGUUGCAUGAAGAACUUGAGGAACGGAAAAAUAUCGAAGAUAAUUUGAAUUCCGAGCUUCAAGAACGGGAAAACGAGUUUGAAUUGUGGGAAGCCGAGGCUACUUCAUUUGUUUUUGAUCUUCAAAUAUCCAACACGCGUGAUAUUCUUUUUGAAAAUAAAGUUCAUGAGUUGACCGGGGUUUGUGAGAAUCUUGAAGGUCAAACCGUGUCAAAAGAUCGGGAGAUUGAAGAGAUGAAAAGAAAAACAAGCAUUAUGGAGAGUGAAAUUGAAGGGUUACGUGCGGAAUUGCUUGCAUAUAAUCCGGUUAUUGGUUCUUUGAAGGAGAAUAUAACAUCUCUUGAGAAUAACUUCUUCACUAUGGCAGCAAAUCUUGCCACAUCAGCUGGCCGGAAAUCAGAGGAUAUGGAAGUAAAAGUUCAUCCACACAAUCAGCAAAUUGAUCCAGAAUCAAAUGAAACUCCAAAAUCACAGCAACCAUUACCAAAAGGUCUCUCUGAUUUGAUCGAUGUCCAGACUCGUGUAACAGCACUUGAAAAAGUAAUCAUCGAAGACAUAAACACAGUGGUCACAAGGCGUGAAAUCUCAUCCAUCCAAACCAAAUCGAAACCCACAAAAACCACCGAGACCCAACAACACAAACUCGAAAAAUUACGUGGAAAACGUUACCUAACCUUAGAUAAUCUCAACCUCUCAAAACCCAAACCCGAAUCAUCAUCAUCAUCAUCUGAAUCCAGAAAAGGUGUCCCGAUUCGUGACAUCCCACUCGAUCAAGCCUCCGAUGGCUCGUCAUCAACCAAUAGCAGGAGCCGAAGCCGAAGAGCAUAUUCCCGAACCGAUGAUAUAAUGAUCGAACAGCUUCAAAUAGCCCAUGAAGCCCACAAAAUCGAGACCGAAAAGAAACUCAAAAGGCUUCCAUAUGAGCCACAAAUUGAAGAUUUGGGUGUGGAUAAGUUAGAGGUUGUAGUACCCCGACCCAAUCAAAAUCAAGACUCUAGAAAAUGCAAACUUUUGGAUAGACUUGCGUCCGAUGCUCAAAAGCUUGCGAAUCUUGAAACCAUAGUCAAAGAUCUGGCUAAAAAGUUGGAGACCGGGAAGAAGGGUAAGAAGAAACAAACGGGGUUUGAUUUCGAGACUGUGAAAGAACAAUUAGAAGAGGCUGAGGAGACGAUUUUGAGGUUAGUGAAUGUGAACGUUGAAUCGAUGGCUAGUGUUGAGAAAAACCCGUCUUUAUCGGUUUGGGUGGAGCAAGAUGAUGCAUGGAAAGAGUCUGAAAGAAUCAAACGGGUGCAACUGGAGGUUCAGAAGAUUCAGUAUGUGUUAUUGAAGGUGGAAGAUGAGAAGAAAAGCAAAGGGAAGAGCAGGUUUUCGAGGACUAAGAGCCGGACGAGUGUGAUUUUGCGCGAUUUUAUUCACCGUGGCGGGAAGAGUGGCGGCACGGGGAGGAGGAAGCGGCUUUGUGGGUGUUUCACACCGUCUGUCACUAAAGGUGACCAACGUAUUAAAAUGUCGGGUUUUUAACUUUAUGACGAAUGUGUUAUCUUAUUGUGAAAACGUACGUUAUCUAGAGUAAUGUGUUUUUACUUUUAUUAUCAGACUUUUCAGACUUGACUUGUAGUUGCUAGUUUCUAUCUGUCUGUAUUUGGAAUUUGCAAGGGACGGGAAUAACUGUAAUGUUUGAUUUAUGCAUGUUUUAUUGUUCAUUUGUA